CUCAGAUCUUGUAGAUCAAGUCAUUAUAUUUGUUUCAAUUUAGUCUUCUUUCCUAAAUAAAUAUACUAUACCACCUGAUUUGCUCUUUUCGAUGCUCUUAUUCUUCAGUAUCACAGGCUGAAGUAUCCACAUUGCGUACAUGCGAUGGGAUCCGAUGGCACGUCAGAAGUUGAGGUUAAACAUCCGAAAUCACGGAAAAGGACGAAAAAAAAAGAUAAAUCAAUAGAUGCAUCAGAGGAUAAUAACGAUCAAUUAACGGAAACUGUUGAGCAAAAUGUAAUACAGAAAAAGGGAAGGAAAAGGAAACAAAAAGCAAACAGUGGCCAUAACUUAAAUGGUACUAAUGAUAAGAAGAUCAAGAAUGAUAGAGAGGAAAAUGAUUUUGAAAAUGACGAAAUCACUUCUCCAAAAAAGAUUAAAAAAUCAAGUUCUGCAAAUGCUGACAGUGACUCGGACAACACAGAAACUCAGGAAAGCGAUACAAAGAAGCCAAAGCAACCUUCUAAGAGGCAAAUGAAAAGGGAAAAGGCUGAAAAAAAAGAAAGUGAAAAGAAGGAAGCCGGUAGAUUGGAAGCAAUGAAAAAAGGACUGAACUAUGUUUCUAAGUGGAAACAUGCCAGAAGUGAAUGGAAAUUUGAGAAAUUAAGACAGAUUUGGUUAAUAGAUAACUUGCUAGAUGAAACUUGCAUUCCAGAUGAUGUGUUUCCCAUGGUUCUAGAAUAUUUUGAAGGGUGCAAAGGAAUGGCCAGGGAACAGCUGUUAAAAAAAGGAAUGGAUGUUAUGAAGAAAGUAGAGGAGAAUGAAGAGAACAAAGAUGAAGUAGAGACUGUGGCUUACCAAAGGGCACGAAAGCUUUUGCAAGCUUUACCUACUGAAACAUAAUUAGCUCAGCAUGUACUGAAAGAAAUUGAACGAAUCAUUUUGUAUCUUACACUAUCCUA